GAUGUGCACAAUCCAUAGACCGAUCCAGCAUUGCACCGCGCCAGUCAGUGUGAGGACUAACAAAGGCAUCCGCCCGUCCUGGCAAUGCUGAUACCGAAGAUGUGAUUUCUGGGAUUUGUCGACUCUUGCUGAGAAGUACGAAGUCCAUCGUACCUCCCAUAGCUCCCUAAGAUGGCUUGGCUCCGGAGCAGACAGUCAAGGGACCGGACCUUAUCUGCCUUCCAUCCACAGAGGAGUCAAUCAUAGACAAAAUGGGCCUGGAACUCCCAUCGUACAUUCUCGCGGCCCUCACUGCCGGCGGUGGAGCACUCGGAUACGCGCGGACGAGGAGCAAGCCCAGCCUCAUCGCCGGCACAGCUGUCGGUCUUCUCUACGGCCUUGGAGGUUACCGCAUUUCGAACAACGCGCCUUACGGCAUCGAACUGAGUCUUCUCGCGUCCAUUGUCCUGGGCGGAUCGGCGAUCCCACGGGCGAUUAGACUCCAGAAGCCGGUCCCUAUCAUGCUCUCCUUGUUCGCCGCGUACGGCCUGUUUACGUUCGGGGAUGCGUUUCGUCGCACCCUGUAAAGGAUGGGUGCUGGGGAACGAGUUCGAAGCAAUGUCCUAGGCUAGGAAAUAGGUGUCAUAGUGUAUGAUCCGGGGCAAAUGUUGGUUCCUUG